GCGGCGCUUUGUCGAGUUAGUUGGGUUUAGCUAGUUUCUGCCGCAGCUAAAGCUCCAGUAAACAUGCUGCGGUCAGACAGUGGACCCAGGGUCACAACAGGAGCUCGCACUGCUUCGCCUCCUCUGUGGGUCCUCCGUGUGUUUCUCUUAAUAAGGAGGUGAGGAAACUGGCGUCCCAGCUGGGCCCGGGGUCCUUUCGGCCAUUAUGUGCCCGAGCCAGCUGUUCAAAGUUAGCAAGGGGCCAAUCUAGCACCUUCCCAUGAAAAAUACACUGAACAACCGGGCCGGGUGGACGGCGUAGCGUGCGGCGAGCAUCGUGUGUGGACUCUGAAGCUGACGCCGACCCCUCCGAGGAGAAUGCGAGGAAAACGGGAAGACACAGAACCAGAGUCUGCUGCUCCCAGUGAAAACACAGUCCGAUCGAGGAAGAGGAAGGCAGAUGUGGCUAUAUAUUUACAGGAUCUGGAUGAGGAGGUAGCAGAAAUGACGAGGAAGAAGCAGCGUGACUGUGAGCUGACCUGCAGUCCAGGUGCUGGUUACAAAAGUCCACACAGGUGGAUCCCAACACCUGAUCAGGAAGAAGACCGACCUGUUGCUCUUAUAAACGCGGGCUUCCCCCACUACAUCAUCAACAACGUAUUUUCAACCCCCGUGCAUUGUGCCCCACUCCCUGCACUGUGCUGGGCCAGUAAGGAUGUGGUGUGGAGCAACAUGUUGGAGAAGGAUAAGACCUACACCAGAGACGUCCACGUGAUGGAGAAGCAUCCUCAUCUGCAGCCUAAGAUGAGAGCUAUUCUCCUGGACUGGCUCAUGGAGGUGAGCGAGGUGUACAAACUGCACAGGGAGACAUACCACCUGGCUCAGGACUACUUUGAUCGCUUCAUGGCCACGCAGAGAAACGUCUUCAAAUCAACGCUGCAGCUCAUAGGCAUCACCUGUCUCUUCAUCGCUGCCAAAGUAGAGGAAAUGUAUCCUCCCAAGGUCCACCAGUUUGCCUAUGUUACAGACGAGGCCUGCACUGAAGAUGAGAUUCUCAGUAUGGAAAUCAUUAUUAUGAAGGAGCUGAAGUGGAGUUUGAGCCCGCAGACUCCCAUCUCCUGGCUCAAUGUGUACAUGCAGGUGGCUUACCUGAAAGACACGGACGACCUGCUCAUCCCCAGAUAUCCACAGGCCACAUUCACACAGAUAGCAGAGUUGUUGGACCUUUGUAUGCUUGAUGUGCGCUGCCUUGAGUUUUCCAAUGGCCUCCUUGCUGCGUCCGCUCUGUUUCACUUCUCCUCUCUGGAGCUGGUGGAAAACGUUUCAGCUUUGAAGAGGGUGGAGGUGGAGGAGUGUGUGAGGUGGAUGGUUCCAUUUGCCAUGGCACUGCGGGAGCUGGGCGGGUCGCCUAUGAAAACGUACACAGGAAUCCCUGCAGAUGACAUGCACAACAUCCAGACCCAUGUUUCUUAUCUCACAUGGCUGGACAAGGCCUACUCUUACCAGGAUGUGGACUUGAAGUGUCACAGCAGCUGUUCAGUCCCUUCAGGUGUCCUGACUCCACCCCUGAGCAGUGAGAAGACUGACGAGCUGGUCCGAGUGGAUCCCCCUGUCCUGAAAAUUAGACCGAGGAUGAAUACUGCAUCUCCACCGCGACAUUCUCCAAAGUAGAGACGCAACCACUGUGAGAUGACGAGACCACAGCGAACCCCAAUUAGAUUUUUUUACAUUAUGGCUGUAGGAAAGAAGCGACCUCCAUGUGUUGCCUGUGUGGACGCCUCUGCAGUACCAGUGAACGUGUACGAUUGAAUGGAUUUUUGUUGGGGAGACACUGAUGGAAAUGGAAUUGAGUCAUUUCAAAGCGAUGCUGAUUACUUGGAUCCAGAUGCUUUUAAGUGUGGGGGCAACACGCACUGAUAAUCAGUGAACAACUUCCCCACAGGAACCUCACCCAUUGAACCCUCCACUUUGGAUCAAAACAAAGGACCAGUAGGGAUGGACAUUUUCAUUUUUUUAAACAUUUAAGCAUUGCAACCCUCAUCCUUACAUCAAUUUCCAGCCACACCUACUUUUAAUGGUUGUCAUCUUUAUUCUCUAUGCAGAGGCCAAAUUGUGUGUAAUGGAGUCUGUAUUCGAUCGUGAGUGUGUGUGUGUGUCUGUGUUUUAAUGG